GACCUGCGUCAGUACCUGUCCAACCUGGCAGAGCGGUGCAACUCUGAGAGGACAGAUGCAGAGCUCCCGACUGUGGUCAUCCUGGACAACCUCCACCACAUCGGCUCUCUCAGCGACAUUUUCAACGGCUUCCUUAACUGCAAGUACCACAAAUGCCCAUAUGUCAUCGGGACCAUGAGCCAGGGGGUCUCCUCCUCUCCGAACCUGGAGCUUCACCACAACUUCAGGUGGGUGCUGUGCACCAACCACACUGAGCCGGUCAAAGGUUUCCUGGGUCGCUUCCUGCGGCGGAAGCUCAUCGAGACAGAGAUAGAUAUGAACAUGCGCAGCAACGACCUGAUCAAAAUCAUCGACUGGAUCCCCAAGACCUGGCAGCACCUCAACGGCUUUCUGGAGGCUCACAGCUCCUCUGAUGUCACUAUUGGGCCUCGUCUCUUCCUGUCCUGUCCCAUGGACAUAGAAGGUUCUCGGGUUUGGUUCACCGACUUGUGGAACUACUCCCUGGUACCCUACCUGCUAGAGGCUGUCAGAGAAGGAUUACAGCUGUAUGGUAAGAGAGCAGUGUGGGAGGAUCCGUCCAAGUGGGUGAACGACACAUAUCCGUGGAAUGCUGCCUCUCUGCAACAGGAAGGCCAGUCGCUGCUCCAGCUGAGGCCAGAAGAUGUGGGAUAUGAUGGCUACAGCUCAUCCAAGGAAGGGACAUCGUCUAAGCAGGUGUCUCAGAGUGACACAGAGGGAGACCCGCUGACAAAGAGACUCACCCACGAUGCUGGAGUGACAGUGAGCCGCCAGAUGAACAUGCUGCUACGGCUGCAGGAAGCAGCUAACUACUCCAGCACCCAGAGCUGUGACAGCGACAGCACCAGUCACCAUGACGACCAGCUGGACUCCUCCUUGGAGUCGGCCCUAUGAGCCCGAGACCAGCGAAGGCAAACCUCGAUCUCUCUGAACCUCUAAAUCCAGGAAAACCAUUGAACCCCAAAGACUAUGCCCCCCGCCCCAACAAAAUAAGGAUUUAUUCAAGUAAUUUUUAAUUGCUGCCAGUGCAGGAGUACAACCUGGUCACUAAUCCAUCACAGGACCCACACUACAGAUAUAUAAUAUAUGAAAAGUUUUAAAACCCAACAUAUACCCUCAAAUUUAAAGAAAAUGCCUAUAUUUUGAUGGUGCAAUGUAAAAUCUGAAUGUUUUAUGUUUUCAGAUGCUUUACCGACUUGGUCACAAUGUCAGUGGUCACAAUGUUGAAACCAAAACCACAGGUUGGAGACUGUCUAUACAUUAGUUCAGACAAAAAGUACUGUCAUGUUAAUUUUAUUGGACAUUUUGUAAAAAUGUCCAUAUGUGUUUCUGAUGACAGGUAUUAGUAUAUCUUAUGUUUGUUUCUAAGGUGUGCUCCACAACAACAAAAUUUGUCCACUUUCAGGCACCAACUUCCAAAGCGUCCAAAGACAACAAAACUGGAUUUUUUUUUUUACCCAGGUAUAUCUACAGAUGUUUACAUUGGUAUGGCUGGUUCUGUUAGCUCUUUUCUUGUUUACAGAGGUGCUUCUUACAGACACAGACAUAUACACAGAGGGAGCAAGAAGGAAAUCGCCUUGGAUAAGAACAUUUUAUUAGUUCAGUCCCUUGCAUGCAGCGUCUCCUUGAGCAAGGCACUCUGUCUUCACCAUCUUAGUAAAACAAACAGGGUGGCAAGGUGGGUGAUGUGUUGUAAGAGGUUUAUAAGGCUCUCCUCUGGCCAAGUCUGAUGCUUUGCACAAAAACUGCUGAAAAAUGUUGAAAUAUUUUAUUCUAGUAUUAUUUUUGGCUCCAGACACGGCUAAUAUAUGAGAACUCUGACCCCUUGCAGAUCAACUAGGGUCAGAUAAUGUCUACAUUAUAUAUUAUAAGUAUUUAUUGAAGACCCAGAGCUGGCCCAGGGUUGUAUGGGGCCUAGGCAGAGUUUUAUUUGGGGGUUCACUUUCUGCUAAGCUCAUUCCCCGCUUUCCACCACAGCAGGACUAAGGUCUCUUUUAUAUGGUCUACCUUUGAUCAUUUUCGGUUUCCUAUUGAGCAGAGUAUUUGUUUUUUUACUGUCUAGUUGGUUAAUUGGUCAGACUGCCAACUGUAGUUUUAAAAUGGCAUCACCGUACUAAAAGUGGUGUGUCAUCUUCUAUUAGUUUUCCACUCAGUGACUGUCUGUUUUCCACACCAAAAAACAGUUACAAAAACCCAAAUUUUUCUUUUUAUAUAAGAUGGGGAAAGGUUUCUUAGCCUUUGUUCAGCCAGCUAACUGGUGGUGUGCAGCUGGGGCAGGGUGUUUUAUCAACCACUAAAGCACUUUCAUGUUUGCAGAGAUUAUUUACCCCUAGCACAUUUGCACCUCUACCGCAAAGGUUUGGGUGCUCUUGGGGUAUCCAGGCCACUAAGCAGCCGUAUUCCCCGUUUAUGCCUUGGGCCAGCUCUGAGCAAAAUCGGCAGACAUUUAUUUAAGCCUUGUGGUGCUGGGUCCCCUGGCCUGAAUCAUUUCAGUGUCAGCCACUGCCAAACUGUUCCAAAUGCCAACACCAAGCACAAUGAAAAGUGUGUUAUUAUCUGUGUGUCAUCCAGCCAUCAUGCUACUGUGAAGACAGCAUGAAAAAAAUGUGCCAAUGUUUCCCUUUGAUCCGACUGCCAAACAUUCACACCUGCAGAUUUAGAUCCAAAAGCAAAGCCCACCGCGGUUGUAGACUCUGAUGACUCACACAUGCCAUGCUACUGGGAAGGCAGCAUGGCAUGUGUGAGUCAUCAGCUUUAAGCUCCGGAAGUGGAUGUCCGCUCAAUUCCUUUUUCAUUUUCAUUGACUUGCGUGGUUUUCUGCAAAUGGAAGAUCCAGACAGGUGACAGGAAAUAAUUAGACUGGCUUACAAUAAGUAGCUCUUAGCUCUUAACUGCAUAACCCAAACUUGCUACUGAAACAGUUUUGCCUGCAUCCCUUUUUAUCCAUGAGGUAACCAAAAAAACUCAAAAUCAAAUCAAAUCUGUUGUCUUAUGAAUAAACCCACCAACAGCAGUAAAAGGGAACAAUGAUACUGGUGCUUGCUAAUUGCCUUAAAAGUUCAAAGUCUCUUGAAGCAUCCUUCACUCCCUCUGGUGUAAGAAGAGGGUAUAUUUAAAGUUGGAUCAUGCUAACCUGCUUCCUCCUAUGUCAAAGAUGCUGCUUCCAGUGUGAGAUGCAGCCAUUAUUGUCUGUGGUGCCAUUCUCUUCCUCUGAAGCGCCCUCGCUUCUGUCUGACAGUAAGGAAUUAAGAGAGAAAACGCUGCAUGUCAGUUCAAAAACAGACAAAUAUUGUAUAAAGAAAUAAAAAUGAGGGGGUAUGGGGUAUUUUUUUAGUUGUUGUUUUGCACCCAGUUGAGCUGGGCUCACUUGAAUUACCAUGAGCACAACCAAACUGUUUUGUUGUUGUUUUUUUUAGCCUGAUGAGCAUGUUAUGAAGCUUUCUAAAAAUAAAAAUAAAAAAGGUGGAUGGGGGCGUAUUGAGAAGAGAUCUGUACCUUUAUGUAUGUGUGUACUGAAUGGAAGAAGCCAUUUAGAAUUUGUCCUCUCUUUGUUUAAAUGGGUCGGUUUUGCACACUUUAAAGUUGGGGUGGGCUGUAAAUAUUUAUAUAAUUCUUGCACAGUGAAUCAAAGAUGCAUUCUGGCCUGUUGGUGUUGCAGAAUGCAAAAAUCUGCAUAAGAUAUUGUCGUACUAUGAAAAACAGGGAAGAAAAAGAUGCAAAAAUCUCAACCCACUGAUGGAAACAGGUGUGUGUCUUGUGGUGAUUUGAUGUUUUGCCUAUGCAGGAGGCAUUAACUGUACAGUAAUAAACUGUUUGAAUUCACUAAACUGAAAAAAACAUGUAGGCACCUGUCCAAUACUCCUUAUUCUACCAUGAAAUACUCUGGAUCCCCCUGUCUUUAAUGAAUGCCUGUUGUUCCUUAAAAUAGAAUCGUUCAGGAUUUUGUGUAGUGAGGUUCGGUUAAAAGGUUUAUUGGCAAUGGAUAACUUUGUUGGUGUCUUUAUUUUGUGGAAAUACAGAUUAGUUUUUUUUUUCCCAGAGGCUAAAGCUAACGGUGAGUCUGAGAGGAUCAAAGACCAAAUUGGACUUUUUCUGUCUUGAGGAAACUCAAAUCUCAAGAAACAUCAUAUUUAAGGCUGCAAGUCAUUUUGAACCUUUUUAAUUUAAAUUGCCUUUUCACCCAAGAUGUUUUGUGCCAACAGUGCGUCAAUUUAUACCCCCCAGGAGGACUGUGAGUACCAGAUUAGUUUUCACUGUAAUGUGCAAUUGAAAUGUAAAAGUAUUGCAAUGAAAUGGAAAUGUAGUACAGAUUGAAAAAUGGGCAACAUGACCUGCAGCCUUUCAUGAACCUUUAAGUUGUUGUCACAUUUGCACUAGUAGGUGAUAUACCUGGAAGCCCCCAAAGGGAAGACAGGAAACACUUUUUAUGCUCAGUGUUUGUUUCCCACAGGAGAAGUGGCACACUGGCUCCAACCUCUAUUGCCCUGUAAAUGAUUACAAACUUAUGGAUGAAAACCACCAACUGCUAAGAUGACAAUGGUUGUGUUUUUACCCCCAUGUCAUUUUGGAGAUUUCAGUUAAGAUAGUAGAACUCUGUCGUCUUUGCCUAUCUUAAACUAGUCAUUAUCUUCGGCCUCUAGAAACAGCUACUCUGGGUAUACUAAUUGAAGACGGCAAACAAAGUUAACUAGAGCAGGCAAGAUAUUAACUGUUUAGAGCUUCACUGAAAAUCCUGAACAAUCCUUUUAAAAGCCACCUCCUCUCUGGUGAUUAAUAACCCUAAAUCACCACCACCAAAGGCUUGCUAGCUGUCUUAGGCACUGAAGCCGUACUGUAUACAACAUCUAACAGGUGCUACUGGUCAGUAAACAGCCCACCAGAGACCACGAAGUCUUGUUGUCAUAACCUCAGGACAAACCUCCAUAAUCCUACUUGUACUCAGCUUCACAUGUGUCUCUGCAGCCCAGCCUUGGAUGGUCGCUAAUCAGGUGGUGUAGUUGCAUGCCAAGGGUGAAAAUACCAUGUUUACAGGUUGCGCUCUACCUAGAUUUACACCCAUGUAUCAAAACCUAUGUACACUCCUGUUAUAGGCCAUUAGUUCCCAAGAUAACAGCACUUUGAACCUAUUGACAGUGUACACCAUUGUGUUGACAACCGACUGGUAAUUUUUCCCACUUACACUUUAGAGCUGCAUCUCAGUUGGAGACCAUAGCAUUUACUCUGGUUUAAGAGAAUGUUUGGUUUCUUUCCGGGUGAAACAUUUGUCCUUAAAUGUUUUAUAUUUUGUACAUUUGUAUGUAACAUAUCAUGUAAAUAUACAGAGACGGUGAUUUAACUCAUCUGGAGGAUUUUGUAGUCUUUGUAAAGCCCUAAUAAAUGGUAUUUGGUGUCACUCGA